UUUGAACAAGGAUGUGAGUUCUUUAAGAACAGUAACCAUCGUGGUGGUUCCCUCUCACCCCCAUCCACCCCCCUAGGCCCGCCCAUCCCCCCCCGCCGCCCCCCCAACCUACUGUACUGUACCAUAGUGCACUUAUGAUAGGCUCUGAAAAAUUUUGUUAAAUGGUUAAUUGAUUGAAUGAGUAAAUGAGUCUUUAAGAAGUGACUAUAGAAGAAGUUGUGGCAUUGAGGAAUGAAGGGGGGGAAAAACCUAGUAAAAAUGUACUUUUAUAAAGGCGGCAGGAAAGGCUUAAAAUUACAUGGGGGGCCUUUUAAAAUGCAGCCCAGCAACCGCCAGACGACUACAAAGAAUUAUGGGAUCAGGCAAGAAGCUGGUAGGUCCUGAUUGGCUCCAGAGGUCGCGUGAGGCUGCUUGUGUCGUCACAAGCCCAAGCCUUCGCGGGAAGCGGUCUGUGGAGGUCAGAGCCGCCUUUGGAACUCACCGACUAGAUCCGACCGCACCUCCUCAGCUGCCUGAGCUGCCUUCAACAUGAGUAAGAAAGGGUUUGGGAGCUAUGGCAGCAUCUCUGCCGCGGGUGGAGCCAGCGGAAGCAAUGACCGACCGUCUCAGGGCGGCGGCACAGCUCCUGCUGCUAAGCCCUCAAGAUCCAGGGCCCGAAUCCAGGAUAUUAUACCUUGUUGUGUAAACCAGCUGCUCACCUCCACUCUGGCUGAUGAUGUCUUCACGAUUAGGGGAAUUGAAGUUUCCCGGGUCUCUAUCGUGGGGAUAAUCCGAAAGGCAGAGCCGGCUCCAAACUACGUUCUUUACAGAAUUGAUGAUAUGACCACCAAGCCUAUUGAGGUCCGCCAGUGGGUCGGCAGAGAUAAAGCAAAGCAGGGGAUGACUCCGCUGCCAGUGGGAGUAUACGCCAAAGUGUUCGGUAUCCUCAAAUGUUCUGCGGGGGUGAAGAGCCUUGAGGUAUUGAAAAUCCGCGUCCUGGAGGACAUGAACGAGUUCACCGCACAUAUUCUGGAAACGGUCAACGCGCACAUGGUGCUGGAUAAAGCCCGCCGAGCGGCCUCUGGGCAAAAUGCACCUGUUGCCCCACCGGAAGUUGAUGAGGCUCAGGAGUACGGCGAGUACUGCCCUGACUUCAUCUCGAAGGAGGUGCUGCGUUUGAUUCAUGAGUGUCCUCGACAGCAAGGCAAGAGCAUUCAAGAGCUCCAAACCGAGCUUUGCAGCCUGAGCAUCGGGACCAUCAAGCAAGCCAUUGAUUAUCUGACCGUCGAGGGCCACAUCUACCCCACUGUGGAUGGGGAGCAUUUUAAGUCCGCGGAUUGAAGCGGCGAAAAGAUUUUUCAUUUUCUGAAGACCCUCGCCUCCAGCUGUGAGUUUGACCUGUUGACUUUUAGGAAGUAGA